AUGUCAUGCUACUUGUGUACCAGAGUUCCUGGACAAAGCUUUCAGCGUCCUUGUUCUUUGUCUCAUUUGCGACAUUUGCAUCAUCUUAUCCUUGAGCUUUGCGUUCUCCUGCUGCAAUUGCUGCACCUGAAGGAUGAAGCCCUUCUUCUCCUCCUCAGUCGUCCUCACGAGCUUUUCCAACAUGUGCACGUACACUUCCUGCGCGUAGCGUGCGGCGGCGGCCGAGUCCUGGUUCAUCUUCAGACGGCGUGUGUACUUCUCACGCGGCGUCAUCGAGGUAUCACCCUUCUUUCGGCGCUUCAUGCGGUCAAACUCGCCCUUGGCCAUGUGCUCGUUCUUCUUCAUCUCCUUGAAGGCCUCACGGGCCUUUUCCUUGCACAGGUCUGCGUACGGGAUGCCGCUCAUCUGCAUGACGAUGUGCGGCUCGAUGGGCGGGGAGUCAUCCAGCUCGUAGGUGGCGGUGGGCUUCUGGACCGGCUUGAUGUCGAUGGGUAG